AUGGAUCACCCAAAUGCUAGUUCUGAGAUUUUGAGAGAAUUCAUUGCUUUCGACUCUGAUUCUGAAGAUGAGUUGGAACAACUUUUUAAUGCCCGAGAGAAUGACGAUCAACAAGCUAAUGGGAGGAGACGAACUGGCCACCGUGGUUCCGUUCCCGGCCAUAGAAUUAUUCAACGCAAUCACAAUGACGGUCACUCCAGAUUGUGGAAUGACUAUUUCAAGCCAGAUCCUGUUUACCAUGAAGGUCUAUUCAGGAGAAGAUUUCGAAUGAGUCGAAAUCUUUUUCUCCACAUUGCAAAUGCUGUGGUCGCGAAUGAUACAUAUUUUACCCAGAGACGAAAUGCAGUUGGAGUUUUAGGGCUAUCUGCUCUUCAAAAGAUCACCGCAGCGCUUAGGAUCCUGGCAUACAGGAGUCCAGCAGAUACUUUGGACGAGUACAUACAGAUCGGCGAGAGUACUGCAAUUGCAAGUUUAAGAAGGUUUGUCAAAGGAGUUGUUACAGUAUUCGGAGAAAGGUACCUGAGGGCACCCGAUCAAAACGACGUUCAUCGUUUAUUAGCACAAAAUGAGGAACGUGGUUUUCCUGGUAUGCUUGGAAGUAUUGAUUGCAUGCACUGGCAAUGGAGGAAUUGCCCAACCGCUUGGCAAGGGAUGUACACCGGACAUUGUCGUUCGCCGACCAUUAUUUUGGAAGCUGUGGCAUCGCGUGAUCUGUGGAUUUGGCAUGCAUUUUUUGGAAUGCCAGGGUCUCUAAAUGAUAUCAAUGUGCUACAAAGAUCUCCUGUAUUUGGCGCACUAGCUAAUGGUCGUGCGCCCGAAGCAAAUUACACGAUUAAUGGUCAUCAAUACAAUAUGGGAUAUUAUCUCGCAGAUGGCAUAUAUCCUCGUUGGUCUACAUUUGUGAAAACAAUUCCAUGCCCACAAUGCCCAAAACGGAAACACUUUGCCAAAAUGCAAGAAGCUGCUCGGAAGGAUGUAGAGCGUGCUUUUGGGGUCUUACAAGCUCGUUUUGCCAUAACACGUGGAUCUGCAAGAUUUUGGGACGUCGAUACGCUUGACGAUAUUAUGACAGCUUGCAUAAUAUUACAUAAUAUGAUCGUUGAGGAAAACGGGGGCUCUGACCACAUAGACUUCGAUGGACUCACAACUCCACCAACAAUGUCACAUACUCAAACUGCUGAGUUUCGAAGUUUCAUCCAAACACAUCGUCAAAUUAGAGAUUCUUCAACCCAUUCCCAGUUGCAAGAUGACCUUGUAGAGCACUUAUGGGCUCGCUUAGGGUCAUCCGAUUGA